CAAGACAUUUUGGUUAAAAAAAAAGCUAGAUCUUUAUUGGCAUUUAUGAUUCUUAACAUUUAUGGUAAUGCCGAAAUUUCCAAUUCAAGUAUUGGCAAUAUCUUUGCUGCAUUGUAUUUAUAUUUAAAGUUUGGAAAAAAAUAUAAUAUUUCAGAAAUAAUUGAAAAAAAAAAUUUUGAAUCUAUAAUUGAAUUGGAAGAAGGAAUGUUAAAAAAUUUUUUUGGGAAACUUGAAAUUCAACAUACAAAUAAUAAUGCAAUAGAAUGA